AUGCCGAGGCAGAGAGUAAUGGAGAAAUUUGCAGAGCUGAGAGAAGCAAUUGAUAGUAUAGAGGUAGUCGACGCCCAUGCACACAAUAUCGUCAGCCUUGAUUCCACCGUCCCUUUUCUCACCUGCUUCUCUGAAGCCACCGGCGACGCCUUGUCCUACGCACCCCACACCCUCAGCUUCAAGAGGAGCCUGAGGGAGAUUGCUAAACUUUACGGCUCUGAGCUAUCGUUGCAUGGCGUUCAAGGAUAUCGCAGUUGCUUUGGAUUGGAGUCAAUUAGCACUAUGUGCUUCCAAGAUGCUGGGAUUUGUACCAUACUCAUUGAUGAUGGAAUUGAAUUAGACAAAAAGCAUGAGAUUGAGUGGCACAGGAAAUUUGCACCUGUUGUUGGUAGAAUAUUGAGAAUUGAGCAGUUGGCUGAGAAGAUUCUUGAUGAAGGGAGUUCAGAUGGAUUGCCUUGGACAUUGGACAAGUUUAUGAAAGACUUUUUUCCUUAUCCUUUAGUUACAGUUGCUGCUGAAAUUGUUGCCUUGAAGAGCAUAGCUUCAUACCGCAGUGGACUGGAGAUAAAUACAAAUGUCACAAGGAAGGAGGCUGAGGAGGGUCUUACUGAUGUUUUACAUGCUGGGAAUCCUGUCCGCAUCACAAAUAAAAACUUUGUUGAUUAUAUCUUCACCCGCAGUUUGGAGGUAGCCCUAUGUUUUGACUUGCCAAUCCAGAUACACACAGGCUUUGGAGACAAAGAUUUGGAUUUGAGACUUUCGAAUCCUCUUCAUCUCCGCAAUCUUCUUGAGGACAGGAGAUUCUCUAACUGUCGCAUAGUGCUUUUGCAUGCAUCUUACCCAUUUUCAAAAGAAGCAUCAUAUCUGGCCUCUGUUUAUCCUCAGGUUUACCUUGAUUUUGGGUUGGCAAUUCCUAAGCUUAGCAUCCAUGGGAUGAUAUCUUCAGUCAAAGAACUUUUGGAGCUAGCUCCAUUAAAGAAGGUGAUGUUCAGCACUGAUGGCUGCGCUUUUCCUGAAACUUUCUACCUAGGAGCAAAAAAAGCACGUGAAGUUGUCUUUUCUGUUCUACAUGAUGCAUGUGUUGAUGGAGAUCUUUCAAUUACUGAAGCUCUUGAUGCAGCUAAAGAUAUUUUUGCGGAAAAUGCAAAACGAUUUUACAAGAUUAAUGUUGCUGUAAAAUCUUUUGAUUCAAAAAACGUCAUAUCUCCCAAUUUUGUGAAGAUAGAGACUAACACCCCGCAAAGAGAUGUCGUGCUUGUUCGCCUUGUUUGGGUUGAUGCUUCUGGACAGCACAGGUGCCGUGUUAUUCCAGAAAAACGCUUCAAAGAUUCCGUUAAGAAAAAUGGUGUUGGUUUAACUGUAGCUUGUAUGGCAAUGAGUUCAGCAACUGAUGGUCCUGCUGUUGGGACUAAUCUGAGUGCAGUGGGUGAGAUCAGACUGAUACCUGAUUUAUCAACCAAAUGCAGAAUUCCAUGGGCAACACAAGAGGAAAUGGUUUUGGCUGAUAUGUAUCUUAAACCUGGCGAAGCAUGGGAAUAUUGCCCAAAAGAAGCUUUACGCAGAGUUUCCAAAGUUUUGAAAGAUGAAUUUAACUUGGUAUGUCAGAUAGUUUAUGUCUAA